AUGCACCGCAUAGCUGCUCGCUCGUCGCGCCGUGUGGCAACCUCAGCGCGAGCGUCGACACCCGCUACCACGACCUCUCGCGCCACGUUUCUGCGGACCAUAUCGACCACCGCCCGCAUGGCCCAGUCCUCCAACCCCUUCUCGGCCUCGACCAGCGCAGCCGACGCCUUUCAGCUGCUGCCCGAGUCCCAGAAGGCAGGGUCUGCCGAAGAUGAUCUGUACGAAUCCCAGAUCAAGGAGGUCGAGGCCUGGUGGGCAUCCGCUCGCUAUAAGGACAUCAAGAGACCAUACAGCGCGGCAGACGUUGUCAGCAAAAGGGGCACCCAGCAGAUCAAGUACCCAAGCUCCGUCAUGGCGAGGAAGCUCUUUGACCUGCUCAAGGAGCGCGAGGCCAAGGGCCAGCCCGUCCACACCAUGGGCGCAAUCGACCCCGUCCAAAUGACGCAGCAGGCACCUCACCAGGAAGUCCUCUACAUCUCGGGCUGGGCCUGCUCGUCCCUCCUGACCAGCACCAACGAGGUCAGCCCGGACUUUGGCGACUACCCCUACAACACGGUGCCGAACCAGGUCCAGCGCCUGGCCAAGGCGCAGAGCAUGCACGACCGCAAGCAGUGGGACACGCGCCGCAAGAUGUCGUCCGAGGAGCGCGCCAAGACCCCCUACGUCGACUACCUGCGCCCCAUCAUCGCGGACGGCGACACUGGCCACGGUGGGCUGUCCGCCGUCCUCAAGCUCGCCAAGCUCUUUGCCGAGCACGGCGCGGCGGCCGUGCACUUUGAGGAUCAGCUCCACGGCGGCAAGAAGUGCGGCCACCUGGCGGGCAAGGUCCUCGUCCCCGUCGGCGAGCACAUUAACCGCCUCAACGCCGCGCGGUUCCAGUGGGAUGUCAUGGGUUGCGAGAACCUGGUGAUUGCCCGCACAGACUCCGAGUCGGGCAAACUGCUGUCCUCGGCCAUUGACGUCCGCGACCACGAGUUCAUCCUGGGCGUCAGCGACCCGUCCAUCGAGCCCCUCGCUGAGACCAUUCAGGCGAUGGAGGCCAAGGGCGCGGCCGGCGCCGAGAUUGACAUGUUCGAGGCCAAGUGGGUCAAGAGCACCAAGCUGGUCACCUUUGACGAGGCGGCCGUCGCGCACAUGAAGAAGCAGAAUGUGGCCCAGGCCAAGAUUGACGAGUACCUCGACGCCACCGCCAAGGACCGCGACAUGGGCAUCACCAGGCGGCGGAGCCUGGCGAACCACUACGCCGGCUCUCCCGUGUACUUCAACUGGGAUGUCCCGCGCACGCGUGAGGGCUUCUACCACUACAAGGCCGGCAUGGAGGCGGCGACGAAGCGUGCCCUGGCGUUUGGACCCUACGCGGACCUGCUCUGGGUCGAGACGGGCGACCCCAACGUCGAGGUGGCCGCCAAGCUCGGUCGUGCCGUCAGGGACGUGUAUCCCGGCAAGGGCCUGGUGUACAACCUGUCGCCCUCGUUCAACUGGAUGGCGCAUGGCUUCACGCCGGAGACGCUCAAGUCGUUCAUCUGGGACAUUGCCAAGGAGGGCUUCGUGCUGCAGCUCAUCUCCCUGGCGGGCCUGCACUCCAACGCCACCAUCACCAAUGAGCUCGCCAAGGAGUUCAAGACGGGCGGCAUGAAGGCGUACGUCGACCUGGUGCAGCGGCGCGAGAAGGAGCUCGGCUGCGACGUGCUCACGCAUCAGAAGUGGAGCGGCGCGAGCUACAUGGACGGCAUCCUGGGCGCCAUUCAGAGCGGGAGCUCAAGCAGCAAGUCGAUGGGCGAGGGGAACACGGAGGGCCAGUUUGACUAG